AUGACAACUAAAGAUGACGAUGGCGGGAUUACUCCUGUAAAUGCUGAUGAUGCAACAUGGAUCCUUACAGCAUCAUUCGUGAUUUUUACAAUGCAAACAGGUUUUGGCCUUCUAGAAUCUGGAGCAGUUUCCAAAAAGAAUGAGGUAAACAUAUUGAUGAAAAAUGCAAUUGAUGUCGUUCUCGGUGGAUUGUCUUAUUGGAUGUUCGGGUACGGUCUGCAAUACGGACGAGGCCCUGGAACAUCUGCCUUUUGCGGAAUUGGAUCUUUUCUAGUUGAUGCUGAUGAUGACGAUGAGGGAGUUUUCGCAACCUUUAUCUUCCAAUUGUCUUUUGCAACAACGGCAACAACUAUUGUCUCUGGAGCUAUGGCAGAAAGAGCCAACUUCAACGCAUACAUUAUAUUUUCCUUUCUGAAUACAAUAACCUAUUGUAUUCCAGCAGGAUGGAUGUGGGGAGAGCAUGGAUUUCUAAAAAAACUGGGUGCUAUUGACUUUGCUGGCUCUUGUGCGGUUCAUUUGACCGGCGGUGCUUCUGCGCUUGUAGCAGCAUGCUUGCUGAAACCUAGGCUACAUAGAUAUGAUAAAGGUAUCAGCUCAUUGGCUUUGGGGGGUCCUGGAAAUGCCAUUAUUGGAACGUUCACAUUAUGGUGGGGAUGGCUAGUAUUUAAUACAGGAAGUAGUUUUGGAAUAACUGGUAACAAAUGGCAAUAUUCUGGAAGAGCAGCGAUUAACACAAUUAAUGCAUCACUUGGUGGAGGGGCAUCAGCUUUAAUAAUUACGUAUUGGAAGAAUCGUUACUUUGCUGUUAGUGAUACAGUUAACGGGAUACUUGGAGCUUUAGUAGGCGUUACAGCUGGUUCUGCCUUUCUUCGUCCAUGGGAAUCAGUCCUUGUUGGUGUUAUUUGCGCCGUUGUAGUGAAUGAAUCUGCUCCUUUCCUGGACAGACUAAAGAUUGAUGAUCCGGUAGGAGCAGUAGCUGUUCAUGGAGUUGGGGGAAUUCUAGGAAUGAUUGCGGUGGGAUUGUUUGUUGAAAAUGAUCCUCUGCUUAACAUGACAAAUGGAAAGAAUGGUCUUUUUAAAGGAGGUGGAUUCUAUUUUCUUCUUGUACAACUGUUAUCUUGCUUGUGCACCGCAUUGUGGAGUAUGUCCUCGACAUUCUUACUUCUAAAAGUAAUCAAUUUUGUUAUUCCAAUUCGAAUGAGCAAGGCUGAAGAAAUCCUGGGAGCUGAUUUCACUGAACACGAUAUAAAUCAUGAGGGAUAUGAUUAUAAAGGAAUGAUAUCAAUUCUUAAUCAGCAAGGAAUCUAUUUGCACGCCUCACGGCCCUUUGCUCCUCCAAGAAGUGACUGGGACGAUUAUUUGAUGGGGAAAUAUAUCAGCAAUCGAAAUAUACGAAACAGGAAUGGUUGGAUUGAUAACAUUCCUGAUGAACGGAAAAAUAAAAUUAUCGUUAGUAUUACAAAUGUAGAAAAACAAUUAAAGAGAUUGUUUGAAAAAUGGACUGCUUGUUAA